GACAUCUUUCGGCCAAGUGAAACACAGGAAGUGGAGCAGAUGUGAUGACACGUGCACGGCCUUUAGGGACGUACGGCAUGUCCACCCCUCUGUGUCUGACCAUGUUCUGCCAUGAUCAGAGAGGCACAGUUUGGGCAACAAAGAAAACUCAGCAGUUUUGUUUGACUGAACAUCUUGGAUAGAAAUGACCAACAUAUACAUCAAGUACAAGUACUUAUGGAUAUCAGUUUUAAAUCAUGAAAGACUGUAAAACAGAAAAUUAAUGGAGACUCCAUCAUUGGGAACCCUGGAAGGACAUCAGCCAUGCAAAAUGGUUUUUACAACACACGAGGUGUCUUCAGACAGCUCUGCUGUCACACCAGCAUCAUCACAUCAUGACUCACCAGACCACCGAAAGGAAGAAUGUGCAUCUGAAGACCAAAUCUGUUUGCUGUUUGAGCCAGCUCAGAAUUUAAAGGAAACUACCUGCAUUCAGGAGCCUGGACAUGUGUCAUUCACUUUUAACCAAGCUCUUCCAUCUUCAAGUCCACCAACAUCAAAUCAUCUUCAAGGAGCAACUGUUUUGUCAAAGGAAGACAGUUCUGAUGUUCCGGUUUCUCUUCAUAUUGCAGGGCAGUCAGACCCAAUAAUAUGUAGUCAUCCAGAUCAGACAAUGGACUUGAUGUUUGGAGGGAAUAAAAACCCAGUCUUCAUUAAACAAAUUUUGAAUGGCUACAUUAUUAGCCCGCCAGAGGACUCCUCUCAGACUCUCAGUUUCCCAUUAACUGUCUCACAGACCUCUACUUCAAGCCAGAAAGGUACACGUCUACCACGCAUUAUCAAGCACAAACCAAGCUCCAUCACCUUCUCAGACUAUACCUGUCCUUCUAGAUCUUACGGCUACAUGUUCAAUGGUUGCUCUGAUGAUGGAGAUUCCUCACUGGAGGAUGAGGAUGAUGGAAGUGAUGAUUAUAAUGUUUUCCUGACACUUCCUCACAGUGGACAGUCUCAUGUUGGUCACAGAGAGAGACACACUAAUGGAGACAGACAGAAGAGGACAGUGAGUGCCCAAGCAGAAAUCGCUCAAACAACCAAAAGUCAAGCAGGAGUGGAAACCAGCAACAAGGAGGAGGAUCCACAAGUCCACUCUUCUUGGUCAGCAUCUAUGAUCCAGCUGAUAAUGAAACUUGACCAGCUUAAUGUGGACAUAGAGGAGGCGCUGAGUGUAAGCUCCUCCCCCACCAACACACCCAGCACCACCCGCAAGAAACAAUGGGGACACACACCAAAAUCUACUUCAAACCAAGUCCCGAUCGAAGGAGACGAAUGCCGAAGACGAUCCAGGCCUCCUGCUCAUCUCAUCUCCUCGGUGGGAACAAGAGGAAGAAGCAAGAUGGCGGUGUUUAGUAAGAAGAUCACAGCAGCGGCAGGCUUGACAUCUGGACUGAAGGCAGCACAGAUGCACACAGAAAUUGAGGCGAAAGAGGCGUGUGACUGGCUGCGAGCAGCAGGAUUUCCCCAGUAUGCUCAGCUCUUUGAAGAUUCCCAGUUCCCCAUUGACAUCACCCCUGUGAAACGAGAUCAUGACUUCCUGGACAAAGAUCUUGUGGAGCCUCUUUGCAGGCGACUCAACACCUUGAACAAGUGUGCCUCAAUGAAACUUGAUGUAAAUCUUCAGAAGAAGAAAAGUGAAGACUCUGAUGAAGAAGAUGUGUUUGCUAUCAGUGACAAAUGGACAUUUGAGCGGAGCAGCCGGCGCUGGUCCAGGUUGCAGGACAUCGAUUGCCUGCUGGGAAACCACAAAGAGGGUCAGCGUUCUAAUGACGACAUUCGUCUGAGGACCACCAACAGCAGUGAGAGUGUUUUGACGGACCUGAGUGAGCCAGAGGUGUCCUCUUUGCACAGUGAGAGCAGCGGGGGUAGCGGCCAUAGAGGCCUGAGCACAGAGGACUCUGACUGUUCAAACCGCACCUGCUCCGACUCUGCAACCAUGCCAGACUCAACUUCCUUUACCAUUCCCCACAUCCCCAAAGAUAUUUCUCACUACGGCUCUCUUCCAGAGAAGCAUGGCAAGACAGGGCGCACACGUGCCAAAGACUUCCUGAAGCGCAUGGAGAUGCUGCGCUCACGAGGAACACUAGGAAGGGGUCAUAAGUCACUUGUUAUUAGUGCUCCAAUGCUGCAGCAAGAGGCUCAGGCAAUGAAAACGCUUCGAUGUGUUGAGAUAAUAAAUGGAAAUGCUGGAGCCCCAGAACCCCUAUCCAACAGGGUUUUGCCAUUCCAUACUAGCAGUGAGGGGAGCAGCCAUUCUAGUGGUAGUGCUGUCAGUACUCCCAGCCUGAAAGAACGUAAACCUCACUGGGCUGACCACAAGCGCAGUGGCAUGUAUUUGGAGGACAUGGAUAUCUUUUCAGGCAGCCAAGUGAAUAAAGUUACUGAACAAAACCAUAGGAAUGAAUUCUGCUCCUAUGAAGACCUUGUGGUUCACAUUCCCAAAGACCAUAAGCCAGGAACCUUCCCCAAAGCACUGUCCAUAGAGAGCUUGUCACCAGCCACAGGGACGUCUAUGAACUGGCACACUGACAGCAUGCAUCUGGACUCUCCUUUAAUCAAAUAUGCAAAGGAGAGCAGGCCUGUCACCCAGUGCUGCACGAGAGGAAGCCGCAUCAGCGUGUACGAUAAUGUACCCGGAUCACACCUGUAUGCCAGCACUGGAGACCUGAUAGACCUGGAGAAAGAGGACCUGUUCCCUCACCUGGAUGAUAUUUUGUUACAUGUCAAUGGACUCCAGCAGAUAGUCGACCACUGGUCUCAGAAUGUUUUUCCUGUAGGACAAGGGCUGUUGCAGGCAGAUGGUGAGAAAGAAGACAGAGUAGAUCUUCAGUCCUCAAGCCAGAUCACAUUGGACUUUGAGGGAAAUUCUGUAAUGGAAGGCCAGACAACACCAAGUGACAGCGACAGAGACAGAGUAUCACUUGCUGACAUAGAUUCCACAAGGCUCAGAGAAAGGAGGGAUUCAGGAGUAGGUGCUUCACUCACAAGACCCAAUCGGUUAAGGUGGCCCAGUUUUCAGAUAUCGAAUCGUCUAAGUCACUCAGUGGCAUCCCUGCAGAUUACAAACCAGUCAGCAUGUCAGCUGAAUUUGUUACAGAAGUUUUCUCUUCUGCGGCUUACUGCAAUCAUGGAGAAGUACUCUAUGUCCAACAAACAUGGCUGGACCUGGUCCGUGCCAAAAUUUAUGAAGAGAAUGAAGGUACCAGACUAUAAGGAUAAGAAUGUGUUCGGUGUGCCCCUCAUCGUGCAUGUUCAGCGCUUUGGUCAGCCCUUGCCCCUCGGUCUGCAGCAGGCUCUGCGUUACCUGAGGAGCCAGUGUCUUGAUCAGGUGGGACUGUUUCGUAAAUCAGGAGUCAAGUCUCGAAUUCAAGCUCUCCGGCAAAUGAAUGAGAACUCUCCAGACAAUGUGAACUAUGAGGAUCAGUCUGCCUAUGAUGUGGCUGACAUGGUGAAGCAGUUCUUCAGGGAUCUACCUGAGCCCCUCCUCACCAGCAAGCUAGGAGAAACCUUCCUCCAUAUCUACCAGUACGUACCGAAGGAGCAGAGGUUGCAAGCUGUCCAGGCAGCCAUUAUGCUCAUGUCAGAUGAAAACCGAGAAGUACUGCAGACACUGCUCUGCUUCCUGAGUGAUGUCACCUCCUCUGUCAAGGAGAACCAGAUGACACCGAUGAACAUUGCUGUGUGUCUGGCCCCCUCCCUCUUCCAUCUCAACAUACUAAAGAAGGACAGUCUCUCACCGAGGGCCAUGCAGAAGAAGUAUGCAACUGGCAGACCAGACCAGAAGGAUCUGAAUGAAAAUUUUGCUGCUACACAGGGCCUGGCUCACAUGAUCACAGAAUGCAACCGCCUCUUUGAGAUUCCUCAUGAAAUGGUUACUCAGUCACGUAAUUCCUAUGUGGAGGCUGACUUACACGUGCCAACAGUUCAGGAGCUGUGCAAGCAGCUGGAGGAUGAUGAUGGUACAUACCAAACCCACAUGGAGGGGAGGCUUCAGAACCUCCUGAAGGAAGCGCGGGAAAAGUCAAAAUACUGGGUGUCCUGCAGCAGCUCAGACGACACCGAGCUGUACUAUAAGAAGGUGGGAGAUGGGAACCCUCUGAGACGCUGGAAGGUGUCUGUGGAGGUGGAAGCGCCACCAUCUGUUGUACUGAACCGUGUGCUAAGAGAGCGCCACCUGUGGGAUGUAGACCUGCUGCAGUGGAAAGUGUGCGAGACGCUGGACAAGCAGACGGAAGUGUUUCAGUAUGUCCUCAAUCGUAUGCCCCCUCAUCCCAGCAGGGACUUUGUAGUACUCAGGUCAUGGAGGACAGACUUGCCCAAAGGGGCGUGUUCUCUGGUGUGUGUGUCCAUCGACCAUGAGGACUGUCCUCAUAUUGGAGGGGUGCAAGCUGUUGUUUUGGAAUCCAAUUACUUGCUUGAGCCCUGUGGCUCUGGAAAGUCCAGACUGACUCACAUCUGUAGAGUGGACUUGAAAGGAAGGACUCCAGAUUGGUACAACAAAGCCUUCGGCCACCUUUGUGCCGCUGAAGCUGCCCGGAUUCGUAACUCCUUUCAGCCACUCAUCACAGAUGGACCAGAGACUAAAAUUUGAAAAUCUUGCCACUUGUGUCUGAUCAGCCUCGGAUUCAAGAUUGAGCCAGUUGAUCCACUGCAGACACAAAGCAGUCACAUGUAGUGCCUAAAAGAAGUAUUUUCCAUUUGGAAGUUUUCAUGUUAUAUUUAUUGUGCUUAUUUAUUUUGGUAAAUGAAUUACAGUGGAUUUAAUCUGGGUUAAAUCAAAAGUGACAGGGGAAGAAAAGCUCAUGUCAACGUGAAAAUGGCUAUCUUAAAAGUGAUCUGAAAAGACAAAAUUUAUUGCAUGAGUAAAUGUGCUCAUAUACACACUUACAGAGAGAGAGAGUGAG